AUGACGACAGACACAAAAGAUGGGAAUGCCAUGAAGAUCCGCGCUUCAGUUCUCCACGGUGCAAAAGAUCUGAGAAUCGAAACGCGCUCUCUUUCCCCUCCCAGUCCCACAGAACUCCAAGUCAGCGUCCGUAGUACAGGUCUCUGUGGCUCAGAUCUCCAUUACUACCGACACUACCGAAAUGGCGACAUUAUUGUGCAAGAGCCCAUGUCGCUGGGCCACGAAUCUGCGGGUGUGGUGGUGGGCGUAGGUUCAGAGGUGCAAGGGUUCAAGGAGGGCGACAAAGUAGCACUGGAAGUUGGACAACCUUGCGAAGCAUGCGACAGGUGUAAGGAGGGAAGGUAUAACAUUUGCAAGGCCAUGAGGUUCAGGAGCAGUGCAAAGUCGUUCCCACAUGCACAGGGGACGCUGCAGGACCGGAUCAACCAUCCUGCUGCUUGGUGUCACAAUGCAAGACUUCCAGAGGACAUGUCGCUUGAUCUCGGCGCACUUCUUGAGCCCCUGGGUGUAGCGAUUCAGGCCUCGAAACGAGCCCAGCUUGCACCGGGUUCGACGGUGCUCGUCUUCGGCGCUGGCGCAGUGGGCUUGCUAGUAGCUGCGAUGGCGAAGAUUUUGGGCGCAGGAACAGUCGUGAUUGCCGACAUUGACGAAGGGCGGGUCAACUUUGCGGUGGAGAACAAGUUUGCCCACCGGAAUUUCACGGUGCCGAUGAGGCGGGGAGCAACGAUGGAAGAGCAGCUAGACAUUGCAAAGGAAACUGCUGCUGCCAUUGGGAAGAUAACAAAGCAGAGUGGCGGUGGUGAGAUUGGCGAAGUAGAUGCUGUGUUUGAGUGCACAGGUGUGCCUUCAUGUGUACAAGCAUCGAUAUACGCAACACGUCCAGGUGGUCAAGUCCUUUUGAUCGGCAUGGGCACUCCAAUCCAGACUCUGCCUAUUUCCGCUGCAGCGCUGCGCGAGGUCGACAUCAAGGGCGUCUUUAGAUAUGCCAACACAUACCCGACUGGAAUCGAGGUCGUGUCAAAGUCCGGGCCAGACUAUCCCAACUUCCCGGCGCUGGUAACACACAGAUAUCGAGGGCUCGAGUCAGCAGUCGAGGCAUUCGACAUGGCGGGGAGGACCAAGGAUGAUGACGGAAAACUCGUCAUCAAGGUAGUGCUCGAGACUGUCGAGGAUGACAACGCGAGCCUAUAG